UGUUGUUUGUGUUUUGGUUCUAAAAGGGAAGUAAAGAGAAGAGACAGAGCAAAGAAAGGGGACGAGUUCGGAGCUGGUGAUUAAUGUCCACUCACUGUAACGUCCCAGAGAAACACACAAUUAUCCCCACGUCACGUGUCACAACUGUGUCUGCUGUCAUCCAGGUUCCGUGUCCUGAGAUACUUUUCUGUUCAGCACGGUUAUAGAGUGCUUGUUUGAGUCAGUGUAGCCGUCCUGUCAGCUUGGGUUGUUCUGCUUUAACGUCUCUCUCAACAAGAUUAUAAUUUUACAUUUAAAAUGUAUCUGAACGCGAACAUUCCCAGCUUUGUAUCGUCGUCUGUUGAUGUCAUUUUCAAUACACUCUUCCUGUAGCAGUACAAAGUGAGUGUGCCUGAAGAGAAGGGGACCUACAACUGUCAUGGCCAAUCGGGGAGCGGUGACUCGGCCCAGCGGGUCCAACGCGGCCAAUAAGAUCUGCCAGUUCAAACUGGUGCUGCUGGGAGAGUCUGCAGUGGGCAAAUCAAGUCUCGUGCUGCGUUUUGUUAAGGGCCAGUUCCAUGAGUUUCAGGAGAGUACAAUAGGAGCGGCCUUCCUGACACAAAUGGUGUGCCUGGAUGACACAACAGUGAAGUUUGAGAUUUGGGACACAGCCGGGCAGGAGCGCUACCACAGCCUUGCCCCCAUGUACUACAGAGGAGCUCAGGCUGCUAUUGUGGUCUACGACAUCACCAAUGAAGAGUCAUUUGCGAGAGCAAAGAACUGGGUGAAGGAGCUCCAGAGACAGGCCAGUCCAAACAUCGUCAUCGCUCUGUCUGGAAAUAAGGCUGACCUUGCCAAUAAGAGAGCAGUAGACAUCCAGGAAGCCCAGUCUUACGCAGAUGACAACAAUUUGCUUUUCAUGGAGACGUCGGCCAAGACCUCCAUGAACGUGAACGAGAUUUUCAUGGCUAUCGCUAAAAGAUUGCCGAAGAGUGAGCCACAGGCCGCUGGAGCUGGCAGCGGGGGCAAUCAGCCUGUGAUACUCACCGACCUGGCACCACCCUCCAGAGUGCACUGCUGCUAACUAAUCUCAAACAAAACAUCUCAAACACCCACCAAACUGUUAGCAAGCCAACUAACGCAAGCCCUCGCCCCACCUCAGACUUGUUUACGACUGUAACUAAUGUCAUGCCCUGCUCUGUUCCAUUGCAUAACCCAGUGGUCAGCAGUGAGAGAAAUCCAGUCCUAUCCCUCUGCAUUCUUCCACUGCUCUGUCUUCUAAUGGUUAUAGCUUACGGUCAAACAUUACGCUCUGCUUUCACAUUAGAAAACCUUUUUAUUUUUUUUUUCCUUCAUGCCAUCAGUUAGCCUUAAGCAAGAGGGGUGUGACCUGAUAGUUAUAGACUCUGUAGUCUCUAUUUCUCAAACAGGAUCUUUCUUUUCUGUUGCCUUUUUUUAAUUUUUAAUUUUAAGAAGUAUUUUGCAGAUUAACGAAUGCACGUUUCACUACAAGGCUUAAACAUGACUCAAAAUGUUAGCAUUGUUCAGUGGCACAAGCAGUGAGAGAGGACGAGACGAUUCCUUUCCCUUUCCAAAGCUUCCUGCAGUAUGUUGUCCACACGGUUCAGCGCCACGUCUACAUGCCUCAACGGCAAUGUACAAUUAUUUACUGCACAAAAUAUUUUAAUUCUACUGCCUAAAAACUCUUGAUAACAUCUUUUUCUCUCACACACACAUAUAUGCAGAUGGCAUACUGAAGAUUCUAUUGCCACACACUCUCUACCCUGACCAGGGCUUUACUGAUUUGUCAGUUCUCAUGAGAUCCAUGUGUGUGUGUUUGUGUUUGAAAAAGAUUUUUACAUUUUAACAGAUAGUAAAAGUUAUUUUGCACCCAAAUUUUGUCCUCUUUUAAGUAUACUGGUAGAAUAGUCUUCUCUGGAACCCUGUCUUUAUCAGACAUCAGUGUGACGGAGACUCAGAGACUCUGCCUGUCUUUCUGGUCUUAUGACACAUGCCUUGCACUAAUUUUGUGUGAAUAUAUCUGCUAUCUGCUCUGUGUGUGUGUGUGUGUGUGUGUGUGUGUGUGUGUGUGUCUGUCUGUUUGUGUGUGUGUGUGUGUGUGUGUCUGUUUGUCUGUGUGUGUGUGUAACAUACAUUAACACUUA